CAACCAUGCACAAUCUUUUGUGUUGUGCUCAUACACUAUGCAUGAGUUACUUAACCUAAACAUUUCUAUUGGUUGGUUCCUUGGUCAGUAGUAAGCAACUAUUGUGUUUUGUGCGUGGCCAAGACCAAAAAACUGAACAAAAGCAUAUACAACAAAGAACUUUGCAGAGUUUCAUAACCAUUCCCCUCUAUUAAUUCUGACAUGAAAGUACAGCUCAAAUAGGUUUCAUUUAAAUGUGCCCAUUGCAUAGUUUAAAUCACUGACUUAAAAAGUUAGACUCACAGCAUAAUAGGCAGUACCACAUCAAAUAUCGGAGUUGGCACCAACUGCAAAGAAACAGAUGAAUAUAAAAGUGACUUAUUUUGCAUGUUUUUAACCCUCUUCACUACCUUGUUACAGUUAUACCUUGUUGUAACAUUCACAUCUUUUCUACUUGAAUAAAAAAAUGAAGAGGGUUAACAUUGACAUGCAAUAAACAAGAUGAGUUAAAGGUGUUUGUAAAUAUUUCUUUACAAAGGUUUUCAAACUAUUGUAAUAUAAUUAUUAAUAACAGACGUUAUUGUUGAAAACCUUCUUAAGAACACUGUAAUGGAUGUAACAGUGUAAAAUUUUUGAAAUAAAAUUGACCAAGCUUGCUGACAUGAACUAAGUCAAAUAAAGGUGUUCUAGAUGUAUUUUAAGUUUUUUUUUUUUUUAUUGGGUUCUCUUCUUUAGCUGAGAACAACAACAACAAUCCUUUUAAAAGGAGAAGUUAAGUAGAGUAAUAAUAGGGUAAACAUCCAGUGGAAUCUCGACUUUUCAAACCUCCAAGGGAAAUGGAAAUUGGUUUGAAAAAUUGGGUAAUUUGAGAAAUCGGGGGUAAAAUUACUGUGUACCAUUGAGGGGAAGGAAUUGACUUUUGGUUCAAGUUAUUGGAAGGUUUGAAAAAUCGAGAGUUUCAGAAGCUGGGAUUUCACUGUAUUCACACUCUCUACUUGGGAAGUGAGGGCAUGACCAGUACUAAUGCCUGCAAAAAAACGACUGACAGCUCAUUACUUGAUUUCUGUCAAGACAAUUGGCAGGAAAAAGAUGGUUAAUGUACUACCAAAUGAAAAUAAUUUAUACACCCCAAAAUAAUAUUAAAUUCCAGCAACCCUAGCUGGUUUUGUUUUGUGGUGGUGAACUUGAAAGAAAGAUAUUUGUCAGGAUUUUUUCAACCACAUGCCACUUGUACCUUUUUUCUGCUUUCUGCCCCCUUCCUUCCCUCCACCUUAUGAAUUCCCUUUCCUGUCCGUUCUUCUCACCUCCUGCAUAGACUUCCCACCCCCUUACACCUUGCCCCCUUUAUCUUCUCUCCUAAGUUACUGCUAAUACGUUUGACUGAUACAGAUAUCCAUAUAACUUAGAAAUGCAUAUCCUGUGAUCUAAGGAUUCCUGUGACCAAACCUGGGCAAAGAGUCGAGCAUUUCAUGUAGUAUCCCCCGCUUUGAAAUUCCGGAAAUUACGGUAUAUUUAGGUUCAGUCACUGCCAACGAAAACAAUGGGAAGAAUGACAAGGAGAAUCAAAAACCGGAAGUCGGCAUUUGUAAACCUUGCCGACUGUGAUAUAUUACAGUGUUGUGAUUGGCUGAAUACUUGUUCCAGCGUGCUGAGUACGGGGCAAAACAAACCGGGUCGCGAGAAAGUGUCAAGUAUUUGGCGAAGGAAUGAAUGCGUGUUGUAGUCAGGGAAUGCAAGGCUCGGGAAAUCACCUAUAAUACCCUCAGAGCAAAUGUUAUUGAACGGAUGUUGACUACAGGAAUUCGUAGCGUUUACAGUCUGGCUUGUUUUGAAAUUCUAUGCUCAGACCACACAGAAACGAUGGCGGACAUCCAAAACAUGGCGGCGGGCAACUCUUUAACCUAACGGUGAAUGGAAUUUUCUUGAGCCAGAAGAAAAUAACUUACGCAAAGUAGUCAGAAGUCUGUUGAGGUAAGAUAUGGGGUCCGCGGGCUCUGUUAAUCCAGCGAAAGUUGUCGAAGUCGACGACGAAUUUGGAGAAGAUGUUGAGUCGGGAGUUACGAAGAGAAUUCCCAUCGAAUACCCGCCUGGUCGGAAAAGUACUUCGUUACGAGCUACAAGCACCUCGUUUGGAAAGAAAAAAAGUAGAAGAAGUACAAGGAGUAAACCAAUUAUCAAUAGCAUAAGUCUUCGGUCUGUGUUCUCCAUUGCGGAUCAAGAGACCGAAGCAGAUCAAGUUCGUAGAGAGUUCGAAGAAUAUCGUCAGAACAGAUUAACAGAAAUUGCCGAACUUGAGGUGCGCAAAGAGAAAUUACACAGUGAAAAUCAACGUCUUCGCGGGGAAAUCAAGGCUCUACAAGUCACCUGUCUGAAGUUAAAGAACGAAAGGGCUAUGGCUUUGGAAGGGAAAGAACAAGCAUUGCAGAGGGCUGCUACUUUCGAGAAAGAACGUGACAAGGUGCGGCGGCAGUUCAAGAUUUUCAGAGAGUCUAAGGAGCGCGAGAUACAAGAUGUGUUACAGGCCAAACGUGAGGUUGAGUUACAGUUCCAACAUUACUUGUCGGUUGUGUCUCAUGAUGAAAACAGAUCUGAAGUGGUGGGUAAUGGUAACAUGCAUGUAGACUGGUGGGCUCCAUCUCUGGAGAGUGAUGCAUAUGCAAGUGUUGACAGUUUGACGCAGGUGACAUCAUUUCGAGGACCGGAGUUCUUUCACAGUCCAUUGGAGAGAGAAGGCCCUUUCACAAACAUCAGUAGAGACGACUGGAAUGCGGUGGUACCAUCAGUUCUUCAGCUUGUGUCAUCGAGCCUUCAGGCUCCAGUUCAACAACAAACCAUCCGAGUGUAUGUGUCGGCACCCAGUAGCAUGCAGAGGGAAGUUGACCUUCUGAAGCAGUUGUAUGUACCUAAGCUUGAGUGGCUUUGUGAAAAUCAAGGCAAGUUCUUGGCCAUUGUUCAUUUGGAAGAUCCAGAGGAAGAACUAACUGAGGAGGAGUUGGCUGUGAAACUUCAAACACGAAGUAAGCAAAUAAGGGACAGCAAAGUCUUUGUUGCAUUCUUGGGUGGAAAAUCAAACAGAUUUACUUAUGAAGAAUAUCACCAAGCACAUUUGAGCAGCCCUGGAAGAUGUCAUGCCAUCUUCUGUUUUAAAGAUCCGGACUGGGAUAGCAAUCCAUCUCUGAAGGAUGAAAGUAUUUCUCAUGCUGAACAAUUGAAGACAGAAAUCAGAAAAACAAAUGGCAUGAAGCUGUUUGACAAUUAUGAAACAUCAGAGAAAGGAGCAGAGCUGGCCUAUCAGGAACUAAAAACAUUCUUAGUUAAGGAGCUUGGCUUAUCAGAUGACUAUUCCUCGGCAAGAGACUCAUGUGAUUGUUGUAUAUGGGAUGUGUCAGAUGACUGGGAACAAGUAGAAGCAUUAAAAGCAGCUGCAGAGUGCUCCUGUGAAAUAGGACUCAGUAAAUUCUACAGUGACCUCAAUGAACAUGUAUCAAGUGCAGGACUCAAAGCUCCCAUGGUUGUCAAGGGAGAUGCUGGCCUUGGAAAAUCACUUCUGCUGGCAAAAUGGUUGGUAACUAGGAACACCAUUGAUCUUCUAUGUCACAUUCUAAACCGUAUUAAGAUUCAGUUCGGUCAUCUUUCGUCUGAACGGAAACUUAGAAAGAACACCGUUGACCUUCUGUGUCACAUUCUAAACCGUAUUAAGACUCAGUUUGGUCAUCUUUCGUCUGAACAGAAACUUAGAAAGUUUUUUUUUUUUUUUUGCUGUUUUCAGGUCAUAAAAGCAAUAAAUGAAGCAUUUUCAUUUGAAGAGGACUUACAAGAAAUCGCAGAAGCACAGGAAUCCUUUACGGCAUUCUUUGAAGAAAAGUUAAGUGUAAACCAAGUAAGCUGGAGAGUAACUGAUGAAUUACCGUGGAGUUUAGAGAAAGCCUGUGAAAAGGAGAAGCUGGCAGAAUGUCUACUGAAUCCAAACGUUUUCAAAGUACUCUUUGAACGGGGACGCAUAUUUGAGCUAAUAAACUAUUGGCACUACCUUGGAGUUGAUCAAGCAUCACUAGGAAUGAAAUAUAUUGAUGUGCUAAAAAAGAUUGAGGCUGAGAGUGAACUUUCAGCAUCAACUGCAGAGAUGUUUGAAGUUGUUGGACAUUUUCUAAAAUGUUUAGGACUUCUAAGCCAGGCUGCUCCUCUGCUUCAACGAUCCUUGGAGAUAAGGGAGACAGUACUCGACCCAGACCAUCCACUUGUGGCACAGUCACUACAUCAUCUUGCUGGUCUGAAUGCACAGUGGGGAAAGUUUAGUCCAGCUGAGGCAUUCUUCAAACAUUCUAUCGAAAUCAAGAAAAAUUCUCUUGGAAGUGACCAUCCCUCACUUGUGAAGGAUUUGGAGGGUUUGGCUAUUUUGUACAAGAAACAAGAGAAGCUGUUCAAUGUUUGUGUUCCUUCCUCUGAUGCUCAGUACAGUAACGCUUGUAUGGGUGACUGCCACAAGACAAUUUUCUCUCCAUUCCACAACAGAGCUGCCAGGUCAUUUUUUCAGCGGUCCUUGGAGAUGCGCGAGUCUGUCCUGGGUCCUGAUCAUCCAGAUGUAGCACAGUCGCUUCAUAACUUAGCAGCCUUGUACAAUGAUCAAAAGAUGUAUGACAAAGCAGAACCUCUCUAUGUAAGAGCGUAUCAGAUUCGAUUAAAGGCCUUUCCACCACAUCAUGGCAGUGUGGCAUCUACCAUCAAACACUUAGCAGUGCUUUACAGAAAACAGGGUAAAUAUUCUGCAGCGGAACCGUUAUACAGACAGGCCCUGGAAAUCAGAGAAAAGACUUUUGGAAAAUCACAUUUGAGUGUAGCCACAGUGCUCCACAACCUUGCAGUCGUUUUAUGUCUACAGGUAUAUUGCCGAACAAUUAAAACUCCAAUGAUUCAAUGUGAAUUCUCUCUACAGGGUUCGUACACCUGGAAAGUCCUGGAAUUUUAUUGUGGCUUUUUGCAAGACUUGAAAGUCCUGGAAAAAGGCUGCUGGUUCUAG